CAAAAAUCAAAUAUUGAUGUACUUCAAUGUGUUUACAAGGUUCAAAGAGCACACACACACAAAAUAUGAGAGUGUGCACACAAAAUGUAUUGAGCAUGUAUAAAAUGUGAAUGUAUUGAGAUAUUUACACAUUGAGACUCUUAAAGCUGCUAUAUGUGUCUUCAUAGUCACUAAACUUUGGAUGCAAAAGACUAUGCACCCCACUCCAAGAAACCCAGAAACUAGGGGGUAAAAUUGAGCGUAAAAUCAUCAAUGAAGAUGAGGACUAACAGGCUAUGAAGACAAUGAUACUGAAUCAAAAGUUUGAAAAAUGUGAUUCAAAUAAAAUGAAAAUAUGUGGUGAUGCAGAUUGUAGAGUAGUUUGUGAGGCCUGAAAAUACACUACAAUACCUUAUGUACAGGUAUAUUUAUAAAAAACCUAAGAAUGUUCAAAAAAUAUUUUCAUUGAGUCAAAUAGCAAACUGCUUAGAUCCAUUUACUCCAGAAUGUGAUUCGAUUUUUUGACAGUUAAAAGCCAGCUUGUAAGUCACCAACUAAAAUUCAUAAUUUCUUAACGUGAUGUCAUUUAGAAAAUGUAUCAUAUUGAAAUUCUGACAACAUAGGAAUUGAUGAGAAUCAUCUUGACUAAAAAUGGACACAAAAACCACGAGAAAAGUUCAAAUACAUAGGUGUUACAGAUGUUCAUUAUUGGAUACUGAUUUGUUCACAUUUGGAGAUUUUGUUGGCAUGGAAACAAGGGACUCACAAUUGCCCCCACAUUUGAGAACUGAUCACAUAUAAACAUUUAACUGUACAAACAAAAUAGUCUAAAAGGCCAGCUGUUGUAAAGGAAUUAAAAUAGUGUAGAACUAUUGAAAAUCACAUAAAACCAGCUCAAUGGAAAUCAUUUAAGCUCAAGCCAAAUGGUUUUAUGAGAUAAGAAUAAAAUCUAUAGAAAACAUAUCUCAAGUAUUGAUUUGAGCUUAGCGUGGGUCAACUGAGAGAGAUUUAUAUCACAAAUCUGCAACAGGCUAUAAGUCAGACUACGAAAACCAUUCCAGAAGUAUUGGUAUAUAGAUACAUGUAUGUAGAACGCUGUAUCUUGGAGACACAGUGAAACAUGAGUAUGUUGACGUUAUUGAAAAGAAAAUGGCGGAUGUACUGUCAGAGAGGGCCAAUGCCAUAUAUAGCCGUAUUCACAUUAUUGGUCAUAUGUACACUAUAUCUCAUGUACUACAACAAACCCAGGGUUGAAUCAUUUUAUGAAAACUACAAGGAACCCGUUAAAGCUAAUGCCUUAAGAAUCCAGGAAGCCAUGCCAGGAGUUUUCGAUAAGAUAGACAAGAUGAAAAAAAUGGGUAACCCCGAAAACUGGAAAAUGGCUGACCUACAUAAACCUUUCAAUGAAACAUUGAAUUUCUUGAAUGAUAAACUAAAAUCUAUGAAUAUGACAAAUGCGUUCAUGAACAAUAUAGCAUUUCCAAACCUUAUUGAUCUCAGGAAAAAUAUGCAGAAGCCAAAGCCAACAUUGUUGAAUGAAUGGCGAAACAAGGUAAAAAGAAAACAAAUGUGUGAUAGGGCUUUAACACUUUACAACAACGAGUUUGCCUUAUUGAAUGAUGUCAUAAUUGAUCGUAACUUUUCUAAAGGAGCCAUAGGUGGUGAGUCUCUACAUGAGGUGUUAAACCAACUUGAGACUGAUGAAAUAUACCAGCUGAAACAAGGAUUUUUCAAGAUGGACUGUGAAGCUGAUACCCUUUCGGAUUAUACGUUUUCUGGCGACACGAACCAUUUGAAUGCUUGGUUGGAAGCAGUAUCAACCAAGUCUUCAACUCAAGGAAAGGAUAUCAAUAAAAUUCCAGAAUUAACAAUUGCAAUUCAACGUUAUGAAUAUGCAAAUUUCUAUCAUGUGAUCACUGAUAUUUACAAUGCCUUCUUGAUGAUGACAUUCUUCGAUAAACAACCAGAAAAUACAAAUAUUAUUUUUAUCGAUGGACAUCCAUUUUGUGAACUAGAUCUAAUCUGGCAGAAACUGUUUCACUCUGUACAAAGGGUGGGUCACUUAGAAGGUCCCACUCUGUAUGAAUCUCUAGUUUGGGGCAUGGUAGGGUAUAACAGCCCGUUAAACAGCCAUGGCGCAGGGGGAAUGGAGACUCUACCCCUAGCUAAAGAAUUCAAAGAAUUCUACCUGGGAGGGUAUGGUAUUCCAUCAGGAGGGCCCCUUGAGCACAAACUCAACUGUGAUAAGAUCAACAUUCUGUUCAUCUGGCGUAGAGACUAUGUUUCCCAUCCUCGCAACCCAGGGGGUAAAAUUGACCGUAAAAUCCUCAAUGAAGAUGAGCUAUUACAGGCUAUGAGGACAAUAGAUACUGUACAUAAGGUUGAGGGUAUCCAGUUUGACCAGAGAUCAAUGGGAAUUCAACUCAAUUAUAUUACAAAUGCCGAUCUACUCAUAGGUAUGCACGGGGCUGGUUUAUCCCAUACAUUAUUUCUACCACCCCAUUCUGCACUGUUAGAGCUAUCACCAAAUGAUUGGUCCCCCUCCAAUAAACAUUUCUGGUAUUUCGCUAAAUGGAGCGGAGUUUCUCACUAUAGAUGGCAGAGUGAUAUGAGAGGCAGUGCACGUGGAUCAAGAGAUCCAGCAUAUACAAUCGUGCCACCAGGCACUCUAAAGGAUCUCGUCACUAAAAUAAUUGCAAAUAUGUGUAAAACUGACCAGAGUUCACAGUGAUAAACAAUGUUUCAUAGCUUCCUGUUUUGAAUAUCGAGCAAUGUAAUAAUCCUAAAUAAUAGAGGAUUAGCUAUACAUCUUUGAAAUCUCAUUGAUAUAUUGUUUUAAUGAUAACACGACUAUUAAGAUUAUUUAGCCAAAAAUGGCCUACAUUUUUUGUAUACACUAUUAUUUUAAUUCUGCACUUAUUUUUCUAAAGUAAUGUUACUCAAUUUGCCAGCUAAACCCUUUGUUGAUUCUCAUGGGUUUUAAUGUUUUAAAUGUUAUAUAGAAAAGUUAAAUAUGUAUAAAUGGGAAGCUACAAUGCCAUUGGCCCAUGCACCCAGCCAUGAUAUGUAUAUAUAAUGUAUAUUAAUAAAUUUUGAUAUUAAAACAUAAAAAAAAAAAUAUAUAAAUGUUUG